UUUAGGUCGACUGCGAAAUUGAGCCAGUGCGGAUGCGAAGCUUUCGGUAGGUAAAACACGGCCCUUUAAAGGGGCCAUGCCGUGAGCAAAGCUCCAUUAGGUGGACGGAUUGGAUAAACCUACCUGGUGCAAAGUGGAUUUGGUCCAACCGCUGUGGCCUAUGGCUCAUCUUUUAGGUGACACGGCCCCUCACGACCCCUCGGAAACUCCGCUGCCUAUGGUAGUCCCCAAGAAUAAGCUGGGGCCUCCGAGACGCCGGCGAGCUGCAGGACCGCCUCAUGGCGCGCCGCAGCAAAGGUGCGCGGGGAAGCACCUUGGCAGAGGACUUCGCCAGGGCCUACGGGGACCAAACCUUGCAGGGCCGCUUCCGCUUCCGCUGCCCCGCGUUCGACAAGUCAGGAGAUGAGGAAGAGCCGGAGCUUUUGGAGGGUGGGCUUACCGCUCUCCUGCAGCUUCGCUCGGAGUACUUUAACGCCAUGUUCUCUGGUCCCUGGGCCGAGAGUCGUCACGCUGGGUCUACGGCGGUGACCGUGUACUGGCCGCGGGAGCAGAUGGCGCGUCUGCUGGAGUUCCUCCACGGCGGCAGCUUUGUGGCCAAGGUGGAGGACCUGCGCGUGGCCAUGGAUUGCGCGAGCUUCUUCGGGGUGCCGUCCCUGCUGCAUCACGUGCGGGAGUGGGUGGCCGCCAACCUCAAGGUAGCAACGGCCCCUGCCUUGUGGAAGUUCGUGGAGAGCGAGCCUCACUUGAAGGACACAGAGUACUGCGAGGAUGCCGAAGAUGUCGAGGCCGCCUGCUUCGAGUUCCACCUGGAGCACUUCGCCGAGCUUGCUGGUGUGAAGGCUUGGGAGUCCUUCGGAGACGAGACGAACGACGCGGCGGAAGAGGAGCCUCCCUUGCACAACUUGAGUGUGGACCUCUUCCACAGGCUGCUGAUGAGCGGAUUGGUGCGACUGCCAACAAGGCAGCUGAUCUGUGUGGUCGAGCGCUUCGCUCGCGCCAAAUGUUCAGAUCCGAGCUCCACGGAGGCCUUUGGUCAGCUCUUCACCAGCCUCAUGCCGCCUGCUGUGAUCUUCAACCGCGACUGUCGCACGGCCUUGCUGCAAUCCAACGAGAACGUCGAAGUGAGGUCUUUGAUCGCUGUCUAAUUCACCGAGCCAUGAGAGGGCUGCCACGGGUCUCUUUGGGGACCACGGCGAGAAGGGUGUGCCAUGGUCAAGAGGUCUUUGCUUCAAAGUGCUGGACCCGUAAUGUUUGCAUGUGAUGG